AUGAUCACUGAUACUAGUACAGCCACACACCAUGACACUCAAUUUGAAGUAACACCGGUCCAACCUCCCUAUCACCGUACAAACCGACCUGGUGCUGGCGCUGGGGGAAGGAAUUCUCAGCUAGAGAAGAUAGGAAACACUAUCCAGACCCCAGCCAGAGCACCUGGCAAAUCAAAGAUCCAGAAUGUCAUUGUCCCUUUGGAUGAACCCGAAAAUAUGAUGGCUCCACUGGUGACAAAGAAGGGAAGAGGAAAAGUGGUGCCUCAGCAGCUUGAGAGGAACUUGAGUGUAAUGCCUAGCUUGAUGUCCAUGAUCGCGCUGGUACCUCUUAGGGAGCUUCUUGUGGUGGUUCUUGUGGUGGUUCUUGUGGUAUUUCUCAUGGUGUUUCUCGCAGCAUCUCUCAAGACGCCCCUCUUCAUGACUCUCAGGCUGAUGGAAUCAGAAUUCCGGCUGUUGGUACUCACACUGUUUCUCAUGCUAUUCCUCAGUCUUUCUUCCACUAGCCAAUACAUGUCUGUUGAUGGAGCUGAAGAAGGUAACAAAGAGGUUGAUAAAGAAGUAGACUUUGAUGAGGAUGACAUUUAUAAUGAGGGUGGAUAUUUUACAGAAGACGAUGGCACUGAUAACAAUAUGGAAUAUGAGGAGGGUUUUCAUGGGAGUGAUGACAUCAUGCACCCGUCAGAUCGCAAUAAUUAA